GGAUGGUAUGAAGGCGUUCUAUUUCUAUUAAGAAGGGGAGCUAAGCCUUACAUAUCUGAUAAAUGUGGUAGAUCACCUUUACAUGCUUCAACGUAUCACCAGAACAUUAGUAUUUUGAAUGCUUUACUACAGUCCCUUGGAGAAGACGAUAUUAAUAAAGCAGACAAAGAGUUCAUGACCGCACUUCAUUGGGCAGCUUUCCACAAUCGACCUGAACACCUUGAUGAACUGAUCCAGAAAGGAGCAGAUUAUUUUGCUCAAGAUGUAGAUGGAAAAACACCUUUGCAUUGGGCGGCACAGAAUGGUUGUUUAGAAUGCUGUUAUAAACUGGCCUCUUACCCCGAUGGUGCGCUGUUGAUAAAUUCUGAAGAUCUAUCUGGGAAAACACCUAUACAUUUUGCAGCAGCGGCAGGGUAUGCUGAUGUUAUACAAACUUUGAAUAAUUUUCCUGGAUGCAACUUAGAACCUCAAGAUCCCGAUAACAGGUAG